AUGGAACUGCAAAGCCUGAUGAGAAAGAAAGAAAAAAGCAACUGCUUGUGGUUAGCUCUCAAGUCUAUAAAAGGAGACGAGUGGGAGGUUGAGAAGUUUGGCCUGGCAUUCACCCACAAUCUCCUAUGGACAUGCUUCCCCUGUGUUGUCAAACAACUGUCACAGUCAGCCUGCCGCCCGGCCAGCAAGACAUGUGCCCUGGACAGCCGCCCGCAGGCAGACAGGCUGUGUGUGUUCCCUCGGCAGCCAGAGGAUGUGCGGUGUGCUUGGGGACUUAUCCGCCAGCACAGGAGAAAGACAGCAUCACUGGCGAGUCCAGGUUUGUUGGAAAGCCGCUUAGUGCGCCAACCCUGGAGCCGCACUUCAUUCUCUGCAGAGGAGGCAGCUUCGAGAUGGCGCACCUUAGUCACUGAGGAGCAUGGCCAUAUUGGAAACGACAUGUUGAAAAUAAGGGAGUCAAAACUGGAAGAAGCCUGCGUCUCUGAAUUUCUGCUCAAAGGAGACCAUCUGUCAACCAAAAACUCCUAUUCUGCACUUAACAUGAGUGGGAGAAGGAGAGCCACAGUAUUCUCUAGAGUUAAGACUUUCUGUUUGGUGGUGCAACCAAAUGUGCUGGAGCGGGUUUAUGUUGCUGCAUCAGGAGACCGGGUUGUGGGCAUCUCUUCCUCAUUCCGUGAUGUCAGCCUGAUAGCUUGGAAUCACAAUGUUAAUUACAUAUAA